UCAUUAUUAUUAUUAUUAUUAUUAUUAUAUAUACGGAAGCAACUUAUGUUCAAACUCGUCAAAAUAUGUCAUGGACCAACUUUUGAAUUCGAGAUGUGUACAACAGCAUAUAUUCUCUCUCUUGGAGAGCUGCAAAUGUAGGAAGAAGCUGAGUCAGAUCCAUGCCCAGAUCCUCGUUAACGGCUUCUCCCAAAAGAAAUUCCUCCUUUCCAAGCUCAUUUCCUCCUGCAUUUCCUCCGGAAAUCUCCUCCACGCACACGUUGCUUUCCACCAAAUCCAUAACCCAACCACAGUCUUAUAUAACCAUAUGAUCAGAGGCUUCGCCCGCAGCUCAACGCCCCACCACUCCUUUCUACUCUACAAUCAAAUGAAAGCAAGCCAUGCCCAAAAACCCGACAGUUUCACCUACUCCUUCCUCCUCACUUCCUGUUCGACACCUUCUUUCUCAAUACACGGCCAACAGCUACAUGGGAUCAUUGUCUCCACCGGCUUCUCUUCCUGCAUCUUCGUGCUCACUAAUCUCAUUAACAUGUACAUCGCAACCAGUCAGGGCAAUGCAGUGGCCGAUGCACGUCGCGUCUUUGACGACAUGCCACUCCGCAACACUGCCACAUGGAAUUCUAUGAUCGCUGGGUAUUUGAGAUGUGGUGAUGCAGACGCCGCUCGUAGGAUGUUUGAUGACAUGCCUGAAAGGAAUGUCAUCUCGUGGACAACCGUGAUUGCUGGCUGUGCUCAGAGUGGGAGGUGCAAGCAAGCCCUCUUACUUUUCCAUGAAAUGCAGAAGGCCCGCGUGGAACCAGACCAGGUAGCCAUGGUUGCUGCACUAUCCGCAUGCGCUGAAUUCGGAGAUUUGAAGUCGGGAAGAUGGAUCCACGCCUUCAUAGAUGAGGUUCCGGGGUUUAAACAACCACGGCUUGUUUCCCUGAACAAUGCACUCAUUCAUAUGUAUGCGAAAUGUGGCGUCAUCGAAGAAGCCCAUAGGAUCUUCGAAGAGAUGCCUCAGCGAAGUGUCAUCUCUUGGACUACUAUGAUCACAGGCUUUGCUAUGCACGGUCGCGGAGAGGAUGCACUCAGUGUAUUCAAGCGAAUGCAAAGCAUGGGAGUAAGGCCCGAUGAAAUCACCUUCAUCGGGGUGCUAUGCGCAUGCAGCCAUGCAGGUUGGGUUGAUGAAGGCCGUCGCUGUUUCGAUCACAUGAUUCGAGUCUGCCACAUCACACCUAGGAUUGAGCACUAUGGGUGCAUGGUUGAUUUGCUGAGCCGUGCGGGUCUGUUGGACGAAGCAAACAAGCUUAUUGACACCAUGCCCAUUGAGCCCAACGAUGUUGUGUGGGGUGCCCUUCUUGGUGGGUGCAGGAUUCACAAGGACGUAGAGCUGGCAAGCCAUGUGGGUGGCCAGUUGACAGAGCUAGAACCAGACCGAGCCGCGGGCUACCUAGUUCUCCUAUCGAACGUGUAUGCAGCAGCUAAGAGGUGGGAUGAUGUUGCUAGAGUGAGGGGGAGGAUGGUCCAGAUGGGGGUAAAAAAACCAGUUGGUCGCAGCUGGAUUGAAGUUAAUGGUGUCAUCCACGAUUUCGUGGCUGGGGACCAAACACAUGGGCAAGCUGCUGCCAUCUACAAGAUGGUAGACGAGAUCAUGAAGCAAGCCAAAUUGGCAGGCCACAUACCUGACACAUCACAGGUGUUGUUGGAUGUGGAGGAAGAAGAGAGGGAGAGCUUUCUCCAUUUUCACAGUGAGAAACUGGCAAUAGCUUUUGGGUUGAUUAGCAUCUCAGAUGAAGGAAUACCUAUCCAGAUUGUGAAGAACCUUCGCAUCUGUACUGACUGCCACUCCACUGUUAAGUUUGUUUCAAAGGCUUUCAAUAGAGAAAUCAGCAUCAGGGAUCGAAAUCGUUUCCACCAUUUCAGAGGAGGAAUCUGUUCUUGUAGGGACUAUUGGUAAAGCAUUAUUAUCUCCCACCUUUUGCCAAUUCCUAAUUUACAGUAGGAACAUUUGGGAGGCUCAUCUUUUACAUGUUCAGGCCAAGUUCCAAUCCAGAUAUGAAAGCCCAUUUGGAAACUAAUUAGCAAACUGGUUUAACUGGAAUUGUGAACCAUGUAGAUCAGAGAUUGACAGGAAA